CUGUCGUUGACGUGGGCCUUCCUGAGACCCUUGCCCUCUGCGACUGGGUGAGCGGUGCGCUGUGUGCGGGGGAGAGUACUUGCGCUGGAUCUGCUGUAGGAGGGCGGCGUUCAUGGCGAUGUUGAGUGGGAAGCGAGAUGACGCGCUGGAAAUGAAUACCCGCGCCAAAUCGCAUCUGCAACUCUGUCUGCAACCGCCCCCAUGAACUUUUCGCCCUACCAGCCGCCGCCCGACGUGCCCGCCACGGACCCCCCCGAGGUGUCCAAGUCCAAGCCCCGGUCCAAGCCGUGGUUCACCCGGGACGCCUCCUACAGCGCCAGCUACCAGGCCGGCGGCACCCUCGCCGACCCCUCCGCCCCCCGCGCCUACACAAACGACCCCGAGUCCCCCGCCUUCGACCCCGCCGGCCCCGACAGCGACAGGGCGAAUGCCUGGGAGAGCCGCUUCGGGUGGCGGGUCGAUGCCAUGGCCGCCGCCGCCUACCUCGCCGGGCCCCUCACCGCCCUCGUCUUCCUCAUCCUCGAGACCCGCAACGACUAUGUCCGCUUCCACGCCUACCAGUCCGCCCUGCUCACCACCCCGCUCCUCGUCCUCCUCCUCCUCUUCAACCUCCUCCUCCCCCUCCCCGCCUUCCUCCGCACCCUCUUCAUCGUCGCCUCUGUCGGAGCCACCCUGUACGCUGCCUUUAGGGCCUGGAGGGAUGCACAGGAAGGGUUGGAGAGGUACUGGCUGCCGUAUAUCGGCCCGAUUGCUGAGAGAUGGGUGAGCGAAGAGUAGAGGGCUAAAGUCGUAGAGCCGAGUGUUGUUCGCCUAGCUAUGCAUCUUGUACUGUAUG